AUGGCCGGUGUUGAGAAGCCGCCGCUGCCGAUGCGGCUCGACAACAGCACGAGUCCGAAACCCAAUGCGACUUGCGUCGAAACCGACGCCUUCUCCUGCUUUUUGCUCGACGAGACAUUAUGUUACUACCCCUUGAUAUUGCUGGUGGUAUUCGUUGCCUCGGCCGCAACCUACAGCAUCCUGACGGCACCGAAGGAAGAAGACGACGAUGCCGGCGCAGACGCUCUGGGCCCCGGCGGCAAACGGCUGCCCGUGUCGAAGAAGAAGAAGCGCCGUGGCGACAAUGAAACCGAACGCCUACGAUACGGACCUGUUCUAUCUCCAACCUCGAGGACUUGGUUCACGUGGCUUUCCGCCGCCGUCUUCCUUACGUUUGUCUCCAAUGGCAUUGCUCACUUCAGCUAUGUCAUGCAGGAGCUGGAAGGCAUCGAACAUGUCGUCAAGGAUUCGCAGUCUAUGAUCGUUUACCUGAUUGCGUCGCCAAACCUGUACCUCUACCUUCUCACCACGCUCAUUGAAUGGCACGAGGCUCCGACCAUCGCGCACUUCAUCACAUGGUGCCUCGCUCUUAUUGGCGAGCUGAUCAUCUGCAUCUGCACCAUUCACCAAGUCACAAACCCCAACCGAAAGGCAACACAGGUCCAGCAACCACAGGUCUCCAAGUGGGCCCUGGCGGACAUCAUUCUCGGCGCCAUUCGUAUCGUUCUAAUGAUUGGCCUCGUUGGCAUUUACGUCGCAGCUUGGCUCCGCAAACCCCAAGAAAAGGAAGACAAGUUUGAGGGGCAGAACUCAUCGCAACGUGCCGAGGAGACGACGCCUCUUCUCAAUGGCGUCAACGGCCAUCGAAUGUCUUACAGCAGUCAAACUGGCCGAUCGCUUCGAACCUCGCGGAAUGGGAGCACUGCCGGCAACACUAAUGGCGCAGCUGAGGGUGCUCUUGGCUCUAAGGACUACAAGGAGCCCGGCUUCUAUCGACCCGACAAAGCACCUCAUAAGAGCUGGUGGGAGUAUGUGAGGAGUUACCAGGUCUUCUUCGAGUACCAGUGGCCCAAGGGCUCGCCGCAUCUGCAGUUUCUCUUCGCCAUCUGCGUGCUUCUCUUGGCAGGACAGCGUCUUGUCAACGUCCUUGUCCCAGUGGUUGUUGGUUGGCUUACUAGGCAACUGACAGACCAGCAAGCGCCAUGGGCUGUCCUAGGUUUACUCAUAUUUCUCCGACUGAUGCAAGGAACAGGCAUGCUUCUGGAUGCGAUUCGUGCUAUCCUAUGGGUGCCAAUCUCGCAGAACUCCUACAGGGCCUUGACAUCGGCAGCCUUUGAACACGUCCACUCCCUCAGCCUUGAUUUCCACCUUGGAAAGCGGACUGGAGAGGUUUUGUCAGCCUUGAACAAAGGCGCAUCAAUCAACUCCUUCCUUGAGCAGGCGACGUUCUCAGUCCUUCCCAUGAUUGCCGACCUGUUCUUGGCUGUUGGCUUCUUUUGCUACUUCUUUGACGCAACCUACGGAGCCAUUGUUAGCUGUUUGACAUUCUGGUAUCUGUUCCUGACCAUCCGCAUGGCGCAAACCAGGGCAGACCAGCGAAGAAUCAUGAGCAAUGCCGACAGAGAGGAAGAAGCCGUGAAGAACGACUCGAUCACAAGCUACGAAACGGUCAAAUACUUCAAUGCGGAGGAAUGGGAGUUCCAACGUUACCGGAACGCCAUCCAAGCCUAUCAGGACGCUGAAAAGCAAGUCACUUGGGGCGUGAACCGAAUGAAUGUUAUCCAGGCCUGCGUCUUCAUGCUUGGUUUUAGCGUUGUUAUGGUUUUUGGCGCCUACCAGGUGACAAAGGGGGGCAUGGAUGUUGGCAGAUUCCUGACCCUCAUGACGUUUCUCAACCAGCUGCAGACACCCCUGAACAUCUUUGGGUCAUUUUACCGGACCAUACAACAGGCAAUGAUCUCUGGCGAACGUCUUUUGGAGCUGUUCAAGGUCAAGCCGACGGUUGUUGACGCGCCGGGGGCCCAGCCCUUGUUGGAAUGCAAUGGCAACAUCCGGUGGAACAAAGUUGCAUUCAACUACGACCCGAAGAAUAAGGCUCUCAGGGACCUCGACUUUGAAUGCAAGCCUGGCACCACCACCGCGUUUGUGGGCGAAUCCGGCGGUGGCAAAUCGACCGUCUUCCGCCUGAUGUUUCGGUACUACAACACCUCUUCCGGCAGCAUCGAAAUCGACGGCCAUGACGUCAAGGACCUUACUAUUGAUUCCGUCAGACGUUUCAUUGGCGUUGUUCCCCAGGACACGACCAUGUUCAACGACACUCUGAUGUACAACCUCAGAUACGCCAACCAGGCCGCCACCGAUGAGGAAGUCUUUGAAGCCUGCCGAGCCGCCAGCAUCCACGAUCGCAUCAUGUCAUUUCCUGAGCAAUACAACACCAAGGUUGGCGAGCGUGGUCUCAAGCUCAGUGGUGGCGAGAGACAACGAGUUGCGAUUGCGCGGACGAUCCUUAAGAAUCCUAAAAUCAUCAUGCUUGAUGAGGCCACAUCAGCCCUCGAUGCACACACGGAGCAGCAGAUCCAGGACAGACUUGGACAUCUUGGCCAGGGCCGGACUUUGCUCAUAAUUGCACACCGGUUGUCUACCAUCACGCAUGCUGACCAAAUCAUCGUGCUCAGCAACGGUACCAUUGCCGAGAAGGGUACACAUGAUCAGCUGGUAGCUGCUAAUGGACAGUAUGCUUCGAUGUGGGAGAGACAAGUGCAGGCAGAACGCGCCGCUGAAAAGGCCCGCGCUGCAAGUAGGAAGGCACAGAAACUCCUUAGAAAGGCGAAUAUUGUCUCCAAAAAGCAGACAGACGGGCACUCAGAUGGCUACAAUAGCCUUGAUUCAUCCACGAUUCUACCCGGGAGCUCAGGAAACAACUCCAAGGCCAAUACCACUGGAGAGGACUCAUCCAGCUCUUCCAAUAGCUCCGAUGCAGAGUCCGACCACAGUCAUCACAACGACUCAGAUCAUUCCGGCCAUUCUCAUCGUUCUGGUCAUAAUGGUCGACACUAA